AUGCGGAUUCAAGCGGGUGAAAAUUUAAAUUCCUUGGAGAAUUUCCUUAAGGAGUACAUAACGAAGAACGAGGCUAAAAUGCAGAGCCAUGAUGCAACCUUGAGAAGCUUGGAAACACAAAUCGGGCAACUUGUAAAUGCUUUGACUAAUCACCCGCAGGGCACUCUUCCAAGCAAUACGGAAAAUCCUAGGCGGGAAGGCAAGGAGCAUUGCAAAGCCAUUUUAUUGAGAAGUGGAAAAGCAUUGGAGCAGCCACAGGAGAAAAAUGAGUUGGAUGGAGAGCCCUCUUCGAUCCAAAAGGAAGAAAGGCAGGAUGGCCACAUGAAUCCUGUACAAAGUCAAGAUGAGCAACACGAAGUAGCAGGAACGUGCCAGAACAGACCACCACUGCCCUUUCCUCAGAGAUUUCAGAAGAAACAACAGGAUAAGCAAUUUGGGAACUUUCUUAACGUGCUUAAACAACUUCAUAUCAAUAUCCUAUUAGUUGAAGCUCUUGAGCAAAUGCCGAAUUACGUAAUUGAAGGACCCAGGGUGUAA